AUGGACAAUGCACGCAUUCUCGACAAGCAUGCCAAUGUACGCCAUAGUCGAAUACAGCCACAACAGCAACAGCAGCAGCAACAAGAACAACGUCGAGCGCGUCGUCCCCUUCCAAAGAUCUUGCCAAUGCCUGGAUCAACCAUGGUGGAACCAGCACCUGUCACUCCCAAAAGAACUCGAGCCAAGCGUAGCUGUGACCUAUGCCGAAAGCGCAAAACACGAUGUAAUGCAGACGAGACGUGGCCAUGCAGCACAUGCAAAGCGAUUGGGAUAGAGUGCAAUGUGGGACAGCUGAAAAAAGCAGAGGUAUCGGCUAUGCCUAGCAGCAGCAAGUCGUCGUCGUCGUAUGUUGAAGCCUUGGAAGAUCGGGUUCAUCGACUUGAAGGAAUACUGGAUCAUUAUCAGCAUCAUCAGCAUCAUCAUAGCAGCAGCAGCAAUAACAACAGUAGCAACAACUCUGUAACUUCGGCCGAUCAUCCAUCACCCUCAUCAACCACCCGUAUCCAAGACGACCCUCUUAUUCUAUCACGCAGCAGCAGUAGUAGCAGGAAGGAUGUUACUGCAGCUCUUACAGACGACAUGACCGAAUUGAGCCUUUCAGAUUAUGAAAAGACGCUUUAUAUUGGUGGCAGUGCCGGGUUUCAUAUGUUGGAUCAAGAAGCUGCAUCAAGGCAAAAGAUCAAUGAUGAUUUGGUUGAGCAUGUUAUUCUCAAGAGUGAAGAUUCGACACCAAACCAAGCUGAUUUCACCAACAACAGCUCCUUUCCACUUGAGCGAUUUGUUCUUUUUGCCGACAUACCUUAUAUGACACAACAACUAGCAGAUGCCAUGAUCCAAGCCUAUUUCCAUCACGUUCAUCCGUAUUCUCCCAUGAUAAGCAAAAUCGCAUUUCUCGAGCAGUACUACUUUCAGAACCCGCAUUUUCCCGAUGAACACCUUGUUUAUGCCAUGUGUGCUUGUGCAUGCCAAUUUAUGGUUCGCGAAGGUCAUCCCAUGGCUCGUUAUGGUGUCACGUCCGGUACGCUCUUGUCACUCCAUCAGAUAUUUCGUGAGAGAGCAGAAAAGUUACUUGCAGUGGUGUAUCGUCGAUCCAAAAUAAGCACUAUACAAACAUUGAUCUUGCUGGCAACCUUUGUCAAUACUUCAAAAGAAGAAGAUGAUGAUACUUUACAAUGGUUUACUUGUGGAACAGCACAGGACCUUGGAUUACAUCGAAGUUCGUCACGAUGGAGAUUACCUGAACCAGAGAUUGAGCUUCGACGACGGGUAUGGUUUGCAGCCUACAUCCUGGAUAGGGAGAUUUCAGCUGAGCUUGGCCGCCCCGUUACAGUGAUUGAUGAUGACUACGACGUUGAAUUACCAACACCUUAUGAAAUCGACUUUCCUUGUGGUGUUCAUGCACGAGAUCCAACUGCGACUGAAUUCAUGCCCAAGAUAUUACUUGAUGCAAUAGCAGAUGUACGAGAAAAACGACACGUUUACAACUCCUUUGUAUCCAACUGCAUUCUUGGACGUAUCCUUGGCAAGGUACUUGCUAUCCUCAAUUCACCGGCAGCACUACGCACAUCAAGGGCAACAGAUCCACAGGCAACUAUGGAGAUCGAGAAAGAGCUUUCAGCGUGGUCAAAGAUCAUGUCUUUUGUUGUCAGCGAGAAUGGGCGAAUUGAAGUGGAAGCAACCGUGGCGCUGUGUAUUUAUUAUUAUUGCAUGCAAAUCUUGCUUUAUCGACCCCGUCUUGGAAACCGAGAUCCUGCCAAUAUCCAUUUUGCCCUUCAAGCAUUAAGCACUUGCACAGCUGCAGCUAUCAAGAUCGUUGAACUUGUAGAAGAUGGUGAAGCCGUUGGUUACAUUUGCCUACCUUGGAGCAUUGUGUCAUACUCCGUAUUUCAGGCGGCAAUGGUGUUUUUAUUCAAUGCCAAAGGCGAGAACAAGUACUUUAGAGAAUUGGGUGCCAAGUAUCUUGCACGGUGUGCUUACAUUUACACCAAGGAUGAAGUAUAUCGGGAGAGCCGGCCUGCCAAAUUGCUCAUGUCGUUGGCUGCCAAGUUUUCAGUAGCGGUGGAUGAGACUGGAGGAGGAGGAGAUCAGCAUGAGCCAUUGACAACAUCAAGGAAACGCGACUUUUCUCAAACAGCAGAAGGAGAAGAAGGAAUAUCCAACAAUGAUGGUGACAAUCACAUGUCCUCCCCUGAAAAGCAUUAUCGAUCCGAUCCAACUUACAACAGCACUAAUUUGUAUUAUAACACUACUACUACGUCUACGCCUACGCCUACUCUAUCUAUGCCCAACCAACAUAAUCCAGAACCAGCACUCUAUUCUCAGCAACAACAACAACAACAAGGAACGUCAUCAUCAUCAUUACUCGAUACCAGUGGGAAUGUUUUGCCAACGGAUACGAUUGCUCUCGAUCCAACGACAGCAGCAGCAAUUCAGGAUAUGGCACCAGCCAUCUUUUUAGGAAGUAAUGGCAAUGUACAGUUUGACUUGGCAAGUUUAUCAUCCGAGAUAGCUUUAUGGAACGUCUCCAGUGGAUUUACUUGGAAUGAUUGGGAUCCUUAUUUGCAACCACAACAACCCCCCACAGAUACAUCCAACAACCCAUAUCAACAACAACCCUCCGAAUAA